UCUUCUCUCUCCACCCCCCCCAGUUUGUUCCGCUUGCUGUUUAUCCCCAAAGCAAGCCCCCCUUGAACGACCAACCACUAUUUACAACAAUCCCAUUGUUCAACAACAAUGCCGCCCAAAACACACUCGCCCAAGCGGCCCUCGAAAGGCGUCGCGAAGGACGCUCACUACCACAAUUCCAGUCCCCCCUCCAAUUCCGGUCAUAAAUUUGACUCCAAAAGAUCCAGCAAGUCAAUCUCCAUUGGUCCAAUCAGUUCAGACCGGAAACGAAGGGCGUCGUCGUCAUCCGUCUCAAGUCUCUCCUCAGUGACCUCCAUGGAGGCGCUGAGUGACGAAGCGGAUGACUCCGAUGCAGAUGAUGAGGACGACCAGCCAGCUGUUCGCACCCCGUCUUAUGGACAUCGGCCGCAUAAGUCGGGUAUGAAGUCUACUAAGCGUGUCAAGACGACAAGAGUAUCGGACGAUGAUGACGACACCGACGACGAGCAAGACGACAGCGAUGGACCAGAUCUCGAGGACAGCUCGGAUGAUGUAUAUGCUGCUGUGGAUUAUAUUAGUGAUGGUGACGACGAGGAACAAGACGUCGAGAAACUGGAGGAGCUCUUGAUUCUGGAAUCCGAGGAUGAGCAUGGCUUCCAAAGUACCGCAAAUUCCUCAGCGGUCGGUGAAGCUCAUGAUUGGGCUGGUCCCAAUGUCUUUGAUGAACAUUUGCUUCUGUCUGCCGACCCGUUUUUCGAUGAGGCUCAGCUGUACAGUGCCAUGGAAGCUUUUGGUGAAACCGAUCUGGCUAGUGAAACCGCAGUGGAGACCCCUGUACCCCGCCGGGUGCACUUUGAAGAAGAGUCCGACUCCUCUUCUGACAGUGAUUCCUACACGGAGGAUGAGAUUCCAAGCGAUUUCCUUCAGCAAGAUAGCCUUGAUCCUCAGCUUCGUCGCAUGAUCGAAAAUGACAAUGAGGUGAUACGCCGUCCUUCUCGCCGACAAUCUGAUGAGAUUUAUGCCGACUCUGACUAUGGACAUUCUAACAUCUACCACGUCGAGUCUGAUGCCGUCUCCGAAGGAGAGUCCAGUGGUUAUGAGACCGAUGAUGGUGAGACUACAGAUGAAGACCUCCCCCCUCCUGCCACAAUCACCCACCCCCGGUCCAUUCUUCGCCGUGACUCUUCAGCCUCCCUAGUACCUGGAGGUGAUGACAAGAGCGAGACACCGAUCCGUCGACGAGGCCCCAUUAUGGGCACCUUCGUUGCGGAUCCGCAUAAGCCGGUUGCAUUGGUUGACUGCACUGGCAAACAUCUUGUAAUCAUUCCCGCUUAUGCGUCAUCGCGCCAUGACUGGCUUGAAUCUGCUGCUACCAGUAUUUGCGGGACUGCCAACAAUAGCCCACGAGCCACCACGAUGCAUCUCAUCGAAGAAAGUGACACGGAUGCCCUUGCGUCUCCCAACCAUACGGACAUGAGCCCCAUGCUCGCCUCAAGUGCCAACCUAAUGAUGACGGCACUUGGAAAUGACAUUGCUCCUGGUGGCCAGGUCAUGGGUCCCCCUGAGGCCUUCUACCCGUCUCGCGAUUUUGCUAUUGACAGCUCCUUUGAAGAAGACGACGAUGAGGAUGACCCUGAGGCUUCACUGAAUGUGGACGACUUUAUUGACUUUGGAGAUGGUUCAUCGGACGACGAGCUCGAUAAACUGUUUGAUGACGAUGCACUUACAUCUCCAAUGGCAGUUUCGGCUGUACCUGCCAUGACAGGCACCCCGACUCCGAAUCGAGGCAUGGAGUCGCAGCAAACCAACAGUGCCGAGCGGUUCCUCAAUCAUCUGGACUGUGGAAUUGUGACUGCUUUCCGUCGCAAUCACAAUCGAUACCAAGCUUUGCUGCGGCUGCCACAGCAUCGGGAAUUCAUGCCAGCCAACUCCCCCUCACGGCCUGCUAGUGUAUUUCGACAUGCCCGACAUACAGAUCAACGCACACCUACCCGAAAACGUAAAGCGAGCGGCUAUGCCGGAGGGGAAGCAGUACGGCGAAAGCUUAUGAAUGCCCAGCGUCGCAGUCAGGUCCCAUUUUAAUGGUUUUAAUGGCCUGCCCAUAUGCACAAGGGAGAGGGGCCUUAUUCUCUCCAUUUCUUUAGUUCGCAGAGAUGGAGAUCUAGUAAUUACUUUAUUAUUUCUUUUCUCAUAUCAUGUUUGGGUGUGAAUCACUCCGAACGAUCCUUCCCUGAAAUGGGAAAAUGAUCGGGAAUCAACCCCCCCCCCCCCCCC